AUGGCAGAAUUGAUGAUUGAGGACCCACAGCAGCUGCGGGAAUUUCUGAGGAUGAGGCAUGGGGACUUUCAAGUUAUCCUUGAUAUGAUUGAGGCAGAAAUUACCCGCAAAGACACGGUCAUGAGGAAAGCUAUCCCAGCUAAGGAACGUCUUGCCCUCACACUCCGAUUUUUAGCUACAGGUGAUUCAUACGAGAGUUUGGCGUACUUGUUUCGUAUUCCUGCAAACACGAUCUCUGGGAUUGUUCCUGUCGUUUGCAAAGCCAUCUACAAGGCCCUGAAGGAUGGCAUCAAGUUUCCGCGUUCUGCAGUGGAGUGGGAAGUCGUUGCUGAAGCGUACAAAAAAUUAUGUCAUUUCCCCCAUUGCAUCGGCGCACUUGAUGGUAAACACGUGGUCCUGAAAGCUCCGGCCAAAAGAGUCAAUGUUUCAACUAUAAGGGCACACAUAGUAUAG